AUGGAUAUGCACUUGCAUAUUGAACCAAAUACGGACCCGACCUCUCGUUGGGACCUUAGCUCGGAACACCGCCAACCGGCAGUUGGUCGGGCAUACAUUGACCCAAACGUUGUUAAAGGGAACCUUCAUCCAAUUUUAUUCAAUUUCCUGACAAUCGGCAUCGGACUGAUCGAACGUAAGAGUGCUUCGUUGUCUAAUAAUCCCCAGAACCCUAUUCCACACCAAGGGCCAGGGAGGUCUGCUGAACAAGUGAGAGUCAUUGUGUCCAAGCGCGGCAGUUUUGAAGACGAAGCGAAACGAGAAACAGCGAAGAAAGGGUCCCAACCUCUGGCCAGUGAACAUACUCAAAACUCCGCGGCGACAAUGCAGGAGGCAUCGCGAUCGCCACUCCAACCUGAUGAAAUGAAGUUGCAUCUCAUCGUCCGCAUCACAUCAAGCGGACCGUCUCCGGAAUAUGCCAAGUCAAAUAUCUCUAAGAACCCUAUUCCAUCAUUUUGCGUUGGGGGUCUCAUCCGGCGCGAACAUUAA